ACUGGUGGAGCUGUGUGCCCCUGCCAAGAGCCACCGCGGUGCUCUGGGGCGGGCUGAGGUCCUGCCCUGCAGCCACCUUUGGAGCAGCAGCAGCUUGGGAAACACAGUGGAGUGAGGGGAGCUUGGAGGUGACCCUAAGAUGAAUCUCCUCACCCAGGUGAUCUCCCUCCUUCAGAUGCUGCAAGCCCCGGACUGGCUGUUCCUCCAGCCCUGGCACUGGCUGGGCUCCUGGGUGCGGCAGGUUUGGGGGUGCUGGCAUGAGAAUCCCAGCCGGGUGAGCAGCUCCAGGCAGGGCACCGGUGGCCCUGAAACACAGCUGGGUCCCCAGGCAGUGACCGGGGCGGUGACCACGGCAGGGUUCUUCCUCUGCGAGGGGCUGCUGGGACAACACUUCAACGUGGUCCCCAACGGGGUGGCUGAGCCCCAGCCUGGGGACCUCUUCCUCUUCCCGCUGGCCUCCGGGGCCCCUGGCUGGUGGGGCGCCCACGCUGGCAUCUACUGCGGUGACGGGGAGAUCAUCCACCUGGAAAGCAGCUCAGGGACGUCACCAUCGGGCAUCGUGGCUAAGCACGGCAAGAGCCACCUCCUGCGGACGCGGGGCCCGGCCAAGGUGCUGCGCAGGAAGGGAGGGCUGGACGUGGCUGCCCUGCAGCGCCGCAUCCGCGCGGCCAUGGAGCAGCCCGUGGAGUACAACACCAUCACCUGCAACUGCAUCCACUUCGCCCUCGCCCUCCUGGGGCUGGGCCACCUCGCUGCUGCCAUGGUGUCCCCAGCGCUGCAGUGAUGGAGGUGACGGUGCUCCUGGGGAGUGCAUGGGGCUGGAGCAUCCUACCCUGGGACCAGAACUGCACCAGUGACUUGUCAAUCCUCCUGUGUGGCAAUAAACAGUUACUUGGAAACCCUGA